UACCUAGGUACAAUACAAUACCCUACCUCUAGGUAUGUAGGUAAAUAUGUCAACGGUAAUGCGUAUAUUCUGUCACACUGUAUUUGCGACAUUAGCGUCUCUCUUCCAUCAUUCUAAGUUUCCAAGGUUACGUAUCGGAUGCUAUAACGAUUAUAAUCCUUUCAACCUUAACCUACAUACGUAACCGCCCUGACAUCUUAGCUCCUUAGUUGUGCCUAUUAUUCAAUGUUUAGGCACGCCAUGGGCAACCGGUACAGUGUAUAAAUCUUGGCCUUAACGGUACACAUAAGCUUUAUCUUAUCGAUAACUAACAAAGCAUAGACGCGUUGCAGGCGUGUAAAUUGGACCCUUGCAUCUGCCAUCUUGCCUUCAUUAUGUAACCUUAGUACCUAGUAAGUUCAUACAUAGUAAUAGUUACAUGUACCUAUUAGAAUUCAAUAGCAUCUCAAUGCAUACCUAAGUUGGAAACCUCCAAACUCAACAGUCUCUUCAUCGCUUCAAAAUCAAUCACACAUCCAUCAACACCAUGGGUAACGACGGCGGCUCCAUCCCCAAGCGCCGCGAACUCGUCCGCGAAGCCGCCCGGCUCCCCAACGCCUCCGAACUCAAAGCCACCGCCCUCGAAUCCCUCGUCCACGCCUGGACAACCUGCCCACUCUCCGAUGCCCCCCUCGACCUCUCCAACACCGUGUCCGACUGGCGCGGGCGCCUCUACAACUACGAGUCCGUCCUGCAAUGCCUCAUGCCCGCCUCGUUCGAGACGCCCCUGCCAGAGACCCAGGAAGCGGAGUUCGCCCGCACCGGCAUAAAAAACCUGAAGGAUGUCGCCAAACUCAAGAUCACCACGAGGAAAGAAGAAAAGGGCAGUCGCGAAUUCGCCGCCUGCCCUGUCAGCUUGAAGGAGCUGGGUGCCGCCACGAAAGGCGUAUAUAUAGUGCCGUGCGGUCACGUCUUCGCCGAAGUUGCUAUGAAGGAGAUAUUCGAUACUGAGAAGCAAUGCCCCGAAUGCAGCGCCCCUUUCGAAGAGCGCGAUGUAAUUCCUAUACUCUCGACCGAUGAGGGUGAGAUAGAAAAGCUGGCCAAGAGAAUAGACGACCUAAAGGCGUUGGGUUUAACGCACUCCCUGAAAAAGGAUAAGGGCGCUAGUAAAAAGAAGCGCAAGGCUGAAGAGAAGGAGAGGGAUACGGAUGAAGCACAAAAAGAGAAGAAGGAUGCUAGAAAUACUGAAAAGGUUAAGGAAAACAAGAAGGACAUAUCGAGCCGCAUAAAUAAUCCCAUGACGGCGUCCCUAACAGCCAAAGUCCUAGCGGAGCAAGAGGAGCGGAGCAAGCGACGGAAAAUGGUGGGCGGAUACAAGAGCAGCGAGGCUGUCAGAUAGAUACCAGGACAUCCUGAAAUCUGCUAUUUUUUACGAUUAUUCCUUCGUAAAUAACGUGA